UCCUCACCCGGGUCCGUUCCGCGAUCGAAAGGCGCCUACACGCGCAGCCCCCGGCCAAGCCUCGUUUUCACCGGGGCCCCGCCCGCGAGUGCCGGCCGCAAGCACACGAGCGUUUCCGGAGCGGCCCGAGCGCACGGACCCGCCUUCAGCUGGCGGCGGAAAUAACCGAGCGCGUCCGAACGGCCGCCGUCCAGCGCAUGCUCAGUGACGGAACCGAGUCGGUGCCGAACGUGCCCGAUAUUUUCCGAGCAAGGACGGACGCACCCGAGCGCUGCAGGAUCUCACUUCCGGGUCCCGAGCCGCAACCCGAAAGCUCCCGAGGAGUGACGGAAAGUCCCGAAGCCCACUUCCGGGUGCGCGAUGGCGCCGGCGCGGACCGAAGCGAGGCCGGAAAGACCCGAAGAGCCGAGGCGGGGACUUCUAGGUGGGCGAAGGCUGCCGAGCGUCUCCGGAAAGAGCCGAAGGUGCGCGAGAGGCGGCCUGGCGGCGGCCGAGCGUCUCCGGAAAGAGCCGAGGUGUGGCCGGAAGUUGCCGAGCGGGCCCGGACCGGGCGAGGGAGGAGGCCGGCAGCGGCGCCACACAAGAUGGCGGACGGGGAGGAGGUGACUCUGGACGGGAGGCCGCUGCAGGCGCUGCGGGUCGCCGACCUGAAGGCGGCCCUGCAGCAGCGCGGCCUGGCCAAGAGCGGCCAGAAGAGCGCGCUCAUCAAGCGGCUCCGCGGGGCCCUGAUGCUCGAGAACCUCCAGAAGCACUCAACCCUGCACGCCACCUUCCAGCCCAACUCCCAGAUCGGUGAGGAAAUGAGCCAGAACAGCUUCAUCAAGCAAUACCUGGAGAAGCAGCAUGAGCUGCUGCAGCAGCGGCUGCAGAGGGAGGCGCGAGAGGCAGCCGAACUGGAGGGUGAGUGUGGGGUGGGGCCCACACUAGUGUCAGUGCCCAGGGACCCUGGUUCUUUUCAGCCGGGGGGCGGGGGGCACUGGGCACAUCUGAUUGCCUGGGACUCCCCUCAGCAUUCAGCCAGUGGGCAUGAGGCGUCUUCAGAACCCAAGCCACCAGUGAGGUGGAAAUGGGUGCCUUUGAUUGGCUGACUGCAGAGGGGGUGU